UCAUCGUCGACGCAAGGAAUCCCCCAAAAGACGAAAUAAACCCGAUUUGAAACGAAACCAAAGAAACAUUUGAAUUAAUUUUACCAAAAAUGGGACUUUUUGGCAAGACUCCGCAAAAGGCGCCCAAAGAUCAAGUCAACGAAUGGUGCAGCAAAUUACGCAAGGAAUCCUACAAACUCGAUCGUCAAAUAACGAAAAUCAAGCAAGAAGAGGAAAAAGUCAAGAAAUCUCUGAAAGACGCUGCCGCCAAAAAUGACAAGGAAAUUUGCAUCAUUCUCGCGAAGGAAAUUGUUCGUUCGCGUCAAGCCACGAAAAAAAUCUACACAUCAAAGGCAACGAUUAAUUCCGUGCAGAUGCAAAUGAAGAGUCAGCUGGCGACACUUCGGAUCGCGGGCGCCCUGCAAAAAUCCACGGAAGUGAUGCAUUUGAUGCAAAAUCUCGUCCGGUUGCCGGAAAUUUCUCAAACUAUGCGCGAAAUGUCGAUGGAAAUGACAAAAGCGGGAAUUUUGGAGGAAAUGAUCGACGAAACGAUGGAAAGUAUGGAAGAUGUCGAGGAGUUGGAGGAAGAAGCUCAAAAGGAAAUUGACAAAGUUUUGUGGGAAGUCACGGAAGGCAAGCUCGGGGAGGCUCCGGCAGUGCCGGCGGGUGCGAUGAGUGUGCAGCCAGAAGCGGAAGCGGCGGCAAGUGAAGAACUGGAAGACGCUGAAGACGACAUGAAGGAAAUGCAGAAACGUUUGGAGGAGUUGAGGUCGUAAUUUGAGCCUCGAAUGAGGAGUGAGCUUGCUUUUGCUUGAGAUUUUUAUGCACGAUGGCUUGAUUAAGUGUUCAAUGUACAAAAAAAAAUUGUUCAGUAUUGUUCAAUAAAAAAUUGAAUUUUGUGUUGUUUUAAUAAACUUUAUUUUGUAAAUAAAUGUUUUAUUUUUUAAGAUUUGUAUAAAAUGCGCUUUAUAGGUAAAGCUUUCCACUCUCACACAAAAUGAUAUUAAUUGUAAAAUAUAAGGUAAUUCAUAAGUAAAUAAAGGUAAAGAUGGAUUUUGGUUACUUUUAGCUCUCGUUUUCGAAAAAAAUCUCGUAAAAUCACAA